GAGUGUAUUAUCCUUUGACAUAAGCAUGACUUCAACAAUUUUGGAACGUAUCAGCACCCUGUCUCUCAGUACUCAACAGCUGAGUCGCCUUCCUAAGCUACUGGAGGAAGGCUUCCCAAAGAUGCCAUGUACUGUCAAGGAGUGUGAUGUGCCUCAACUUUUCCGGGAGCCAUACAUCUACUCUGGUUACAGGCCUAUAGAACAGGAAUGGCGCUACUACUUUCUAAGUAUUUUCCAGCAGCAUAAUGAAGCCCUCAAUGUAUGGACUCACCUACUGGCUGCUGUAACUGUGCUUCUGCAGGUCCAGGCAAUCGUUGAAGAGCGAAUGCUUUCCCUGGAUGCAUAUUCCUUGCCCUUCUACAUCUUCAUAUUGGCAUGUCUCAUGUACCUCAUCUUCAGUGUUCUGGCUCAUCUUCUGCAGUCGAAGUCUGAGCUUGCUCAUUAUUCUUUCUACUUCCUGGAUUAUGUUGGUGUCAGUGCUUACCAGUAUGGCAGUGCCUUGGCUCACUAUUUCUACAGUACGGAGCAGACUUGGUAUAACAAAAUUCGCCUCUUUUUCCUUCCAGGAGCAGCAGUCUUUGGUUGGCUUUCGUGUAGCGGCUGUUGCUAUGCCAAAUACAGGUAUCAGAGACCUUACCCAGUUAUGAGAAAGCUGUGCCAGGUUAUCCCUGCUGGACUGGCUUACAUUUUGGACAUCAGUCCUAUUGUUCAUCGUAUAGUUGUAUGCCUCCAGACUGGCUGUACGGAUGAGGCUGUGUGCUACCAUAUUUUUCAAAUAAUCUUCUUUUUAAUUGCAGCUUAUUUCUUCUCCUGCCCAGUGCCAGAAAAGUUCUUCCCUGGCUGUUGUGAUAUUGUAGGACAUGGACAUCAGAUUUUUCACAUCUUCCUAGCAUUUUGUACCUUUUCCCAACUACAGGCCACCUAUCUGGACUACAAAAACAGAAAGGCAGUAUUUUAUGAGCAGCACAACCCAGCAGAGAGCUAUGUUGCUUCGUGUUCUUUCUUUGGACUUUUAUUAUGCAGUGGAAUCACUGCAAACUACCUUCUAAAGAAAAUGAGGAACAAACUUGACAAAAAGAUGAUUGAACCUUUUUUAGAGGUGCAUGUAAAGAAGAGUAAUAGCUAUGCAAUCCAGUACCCACUGGACUAACUUAUUUAUAACCUUAGUCUAUUUAAUACUAGGUUUAGGGACUGAAGUUAACUAUUCUGAGGAUUAGUUAUAAGCUGCCUGGACCCUGCUGGUCUGUGGUCCAGUAGGGAUUCAUCCUUUCUGCAAGAAAUGGUUUAUGAUCUGGUAUUCCUAAAAGGAACCAGAGAUGACCUAUUAGUGUAUUUUUUAAUUCUCCUUCGUAUUUGCAGAACUGAAUCAUAAGAUCACAUUUUGGCAAUGAGACAGAUAAAAUGGAAUUUUUUUCCGCUCAAAAUCCCAAAGUGUGUUUGAGGCAGUGUGUUAUUUUUGUAGUGUUCUAGUGCUGUGUCCUUUCCCUCUUGGCUUCAGGUGGCCUUUUGAAAGUAGCUUUGGCAAUACUCUUAAUACCGAAGGUUUACUGAUGUCAAUUAUUUUCUUCUGAGAAGUGUGUGUGUAUUGGUGCUGUUAACACGAGUCUGUUACUGUGCAUCAGUUCAACUCUGUUUUCUUUGAGUUGACAUUUGCCUUCAGCCCGAAGUUGGACAUCACGUAUCCACUGAUUAUUGACAGUCUAUUAACAAAUCCUUAUCUGUUCCCAGUUGUAUUACAUAAUAGCCAGUAUGUAACUGGUAACACAUUGGCAGUGCUUGUCUGUGCUGCACUUGAUGUUACUACAGUUUAGGACACACACACACCAGGUUCAUUAGUACUUAAUAGCUGUAAAUCUGUGGCUGUAUAAGCCAUUACAUUUUAAGGAUAAUUACACUGGUUUAAUAUGCAUUUGUGUAUAAUGUGCAUAAUAUGCAGUGGCAGACAUAUACGCACAUGUACACACAGAAUGAUGCAUCAUGUGCAUAAUUUGCCUUUGGAACACAAAAACUGAGCAGCUUGUGGGUGCUAAUAAUACCGCAAGCAUUCUUCUUUUAUCAAGUGCCCAGUUUCUUUGGCAUCUCUUUUUUGCUUCUUUAGUUGUGUAUUCUUCUUCUUUUGGCUUUUCCCGGUUAGGGUUCACCACAGCAGAUCACCUGCCCGCUCUUGACUGGCAGUGGAGUUUUACGGUUGUGCAUUGUUCUGCUGUACAAUUAUUUCAAACUUACUCAAGCAAGCCCACUCAGAGUCUUUAUGCACUUUGGCCUAGUAUGAGGUUAGUGGUGAGGUCAUAUGUGUGUAAGCCACAGUUUUUUCUUUUUUUUUUUUAAUCAGAUUAAAGGGUUUUUAAGAGUUCGUUGCUUAUUAGCACCGAGCACAUGAUAGAACAAUAUAAAUGUUCGAUUUCUAGAGUUUACAUUUUUUUUCACAGUAACAGAUUAUAGUGUAAAAAUGUGGACAAAAUUAAGUGAGCUGUCAAUAGUAGUAGUAGUACCAGUACCAUAAGAUACAUUCCAAGAGGCUAACAGCAGCUCAGUGUGGCAAGACAGUAGCUUAGAAUAGCAUAAACUGGAUAAUUUCCAAGUAAAAAAACUGGCCUUUAACAAAGAUGACCUCCUUAGUCAUGACUCAAAUUCAGUAAAUGUGCCUUGCAUAUAUCUAGCUUAAUUGUUAAUUUUUUGUUGAUAAAUAGAAGUGCCUUUUUUCAUUAUUUUUAUUAAUUUUAGGGGUUAUAAUGGCCUCAAGGACCUUGAAGUAGAGAAGAAUUAUACACUUCUUACCCAGUGGCAAAGUGCCUUCCACUAAUUCCUGUCUCUGUACUGUUUGCUAAUAAGACAUGUUCAUGUUUGUAAUUUUGACAGGAUUGCUAAGUCAUGGAAACAGACACGUUAUCAUUGUUUUGCCCAACUUAUGGCCUUGUGUAAUUAUUGUUGUGCCCACUAAAGCAGGCUGGCAUCUGCGAGUACAUUUAUUUUUUGUGGAGAGAUGAUUCAUCCAUCUAAUGUCAUUUUUGCUGGAUGCUGUAUGCAGUUAAUGUGAUUUGUUUGACUUCUUAGAGAAGUUUGUUUUUACAGUAAAAAGCUUCUGCUAAGUUCGGGAAAUGUAGGCUACUGAGUCUGGUAAAUGGUAGUGUUCCUGUAUUGUUAUGGCAACUGAAAGAGUGAUGGUUGUAAUUUUUAGCUGUUAAAGAUUGUGUGUUUCUCAAAUUUGCUUCCUCUUUAGUUCCAUUUUAUAUUUAAAAUUUACUGUCUGCAAGAAUCAGAAGGCAAAUGUAGCAUGACAAUAUUACACUAUUUACCUGUGAGCAUACCUCUCAACUGCUAUGAUUUAGGCAUAACUGUAUGAUAUGUGGCCCCAGCUUUCACCUUGCAACUCCUAAACUUACUGAUUUUCCUCAUAAAGAUAGACCUGUUCAAGGGGUAUGUUCAUUAGUAAAUAAAUGAAAUAAAUUUGUACAACGAUUCCUUAUCAGUAACUAUAUAGAGUGUACUAUCUAAAGACCUUGUAUAUAAAAAAAAAGAAAACAAAGCUCCCGUUUUGGGCCCUCUGCUGUGAUUUUUAAAUGCCAGUGCUAUGACUUUUAAUGUUCAGAGGUGGAGAGGUGUGAUAGGAGUCACAGAACAUACAAGGCAAUCAAGUCUUGUGACACAUACGCCUUGCCGGUACCCACUCUUGGACUGUAUCUCCUUUUUCAAAAAUGGUUAUGCCAGUCUAGCCAGUGGUGAUUUGUGAAUAUCUCUCCAGUUGUAUAGUUCAAAUCUGAAGGAAGAUAAUGCAGCAUAGUACUUGAUUUACAAAUCAGUAAAAGUAGGGUUGCCAGCUUUCUUUGUGGCUAAAACCGGAUUAAGUUCACGCCCCUCACAUCACCAUAACUCCACCCAUUCCCACCCCCUGUCCCAUCCAUGAUCCACCCAUUUUGUGACAUCACCAUUGCAUCAGCUGAUGGGGA